UGAUUCUGGAUGGGUUAAGUGCCGUAAAUCAAGUCCAUUACCUAGCAAGCCUCGUUCAUACUAAACGGAAAGAUUCAACUACCUGCAUUUAGACCGAGUGCGUUAAGCUGAUUAUUUGAUUAUCAAUACUAUACUAUUACAUCAUAUACACAAGAGAAAGCAAAUAUGGCCAGUCCUGUAAGUUUUAGUCGCGACGGGAUUGUAAGGAGAGGAUUUGGAGAUUUGGCUAACUAUGUCUGCCAUUUAUUAGCCCAUUUCAUACACAAGAUUGAGACAAAUCGCAAAUGAUGUGAGUCUUGUUAGAUAACUACCAACAUGGAUUUUGUCGGUGAAGUUUUUGGAUGGAUGGAUGGAUGGACGGAGUACUGAGAAUCAAAUGAUAGGCGUGUCAGAAUGCACUUGGAAGUGCAGAGUUCUACGAACAUAACAAGACGGAAUCUUGGAAUACUACAAUCAUUGUACGUUUUCCACCUUCGCUUUACUAAAGAACCAAUCCGCGAAAAGAAAACCACUAACCACUUCUCACCCGCCAGAAUUCAAUUCUCAAAUCCCUAAUCUCCGAAUCGACACCCUCAACUGGCGGUUCCCCCUCUUUCAAAUACGCAGUCAACAGCACCAUCAUCCAACAUCUCGUUCCUACCUCCUCACUCAAUAAAUCUAAAGCUUCGCCCCCAAUUACCACAGAAGAAACAACAGAUGAUGCGAAAAUAACAACUAGUGAUGCGAAAGGAGAAGCGAAGAGUACAGAUGGUAAACCCCAUGUUGGAAGGAGGGGAAUGCAUAGUGCGACGGGAGCUUAUUGGAAUGAGAAGACGGAUGGGAUGUGGAGUUUUAAGUAUGAGGGUGGUGAGGGGAAGGGUUUGGAUGUGGUUAUUAGUGUUAUUUGGAUUUCGUUGUAGAGUUGGGGUUUGAUGCUUGUGAUGGGUUUGGGGAUUAGAGAUGGAUUUGGGGAGGAUUCUAGGGGACGAUAUAAUGGUAAGGUCAAUAUAUCGAAGCGGAUGAUAGAGGGAUGAUUACAGAUUUUGUGUGGGGAGAAAUGGAAAUACAUCGAGGGCUUGCGGUAUGGGGUACAUGAUUUGCACUCUUUGCGCUUGCUUUCAAUCGCAAUCGCAUGAUGGGAUCGGAUGAACUGUCGAUUGAAGAAAAUACUGGCAGCAAGAAGGUUUAAUGAUAAAUAUUUGAUGAUGAUUUUUUUGGGC